CGGGAGAUAAAGAAAGGGAUGCCCGCUCUCCCGGGAGGUGGGGGGGGGAGCACUACAAAAAACAACAACAACAGGGCCUCACCCUUGAGAAUUCUGGGGUGCAGAUGAGAGUAGAGGACACCUUUCAGACCACCUACUCUCCAUGAGGGAUAAAGGCAAAGGGAAGGACACGCUGUGAAGCCAUCAGAGCGCUGAGUGCUCUCUAACUGGGAAGUCCAGGUUGUUUGGGCACCCCCUCCCCUCCGGUCUUUCCCAAGGCAGAGUCUUGGGGCACAGGCGCUGCGGACAGGGAGGGGCUCGCACGCAGACGGCCCAAGUCGGUGGCGCGCAGCUGCGGUGGCACUGCGCUUCCCCGCCCCCACAGGCCCCCCUUCCUCUCCCCGCUAGAUCGGGAGAUGAAGCUCCGCCCCUAGCGCGUCGCCCCAGCCCCGCGCCUUAAAAGCCCCGCACACCGCCCCGCCGCGCCCAGCCUUGCCGCACCUUCGCGUCCUCGCUAGGUCCCGCCGCAGCCGUGCGCCCGGCCCCGACCCCGGCACCAUGAGCUUCGGAUCAGAGCACUACCUGUGCUCCUCCUCCUCCUACCGCAAGGUGUUCGGGGACGGCUCGCGCCUGUCCACGCGCCUCUCCGGGCCCGGAGGCUCGGGCAGCUUCCGCUCGCAGUCGCUGUCCCGCAGCAAUGUGGCCUCCACGGCCGCCUGCUCCUCGGCCUCGUCUCUCGGCCUGGGCCUGGCCUACCGCCGGCUGCCCGCGUCCGACGGACUAGACCUGAGCCAGGCGGCGGCGCGCACCAACGAGUACAAGAUCAUCCGCACUAACGAGAAGGAGCAGCUGCAGGGCCUCAACGACCGCUUCGCCGUGUUCAUCGAGAAGGUGCACCAGCUGGAGACGCAGAACCGCGCCCUCGAGGCCGAGCUGGCGGCGCUGCGCCAGCGCCACGCCGAGCCGUCGCGCGUCGGCGAGCUCUUCCAGCGCGAGCUGCGCGACCUGCGCGCGCAGCUGGAGGAGGCGAGCUCGGCGCGCGCGCAGGCCCUGCUGGAGCGGGACGGGCUGGCCGAGGAGGUGCAGCGGCUGCGGGCGCGCUGCGAGGAGGAGAGCCGCGGGCGCGAGGGCGCCGAGCGCGCCCUGAAGGCGCAGCAGCGCGACGUGGACGGCGCCACUCUGGCCCGCCUGGACCUGGAGAAGAAGGUGGAGUCGCUGCUGGACGAGCUGGCCUUCGUGCGCCAGGUGCACGACGAAGAGGUGGCCGAGCUCCUGGCCACGCUGCAGGCGUCUUCGCAGGCUGCCGCCGAGGUGGACGUGGCUGUGGCUAAGCCAGACCUGAGUUCGGCGCUGAGGGAGAUCCGUGCCCAGUAUGAGUCUCUGGCCGCUAAGAACCUGCAGUCCGCCGAGGAGUGGUACAAGUCCAAGUUCGCUAACCUGAACGAGCAGGCGGCGCGCAGCACCGAAGCCAUCCGAGCCAGCCGAGAGGAGAUCCACGAGUACCGGCGCCAGCUCCAGGCACGUACCAUUGAGAUAGAGGGCCUGCGCGGGGCCAAUGAGUCCCUGGAGAGGCAGAUCUUGGAACUGGAGGAGCGGCACAGCGCUGAGGUGGCCGGCUACCAGGACAGCAUUGGGCAGCUGGAGAAUGACCUAAGGAACACCAAGAGUGAGAUGGCUCGCCACCUUCGGGAAUACCAGGACUUGCUCAAUGUCAAGAUGGCCCUUGACAUUGAGAUAGCGGCUUACAGGAAGCUGCUGGAAGGUGAAGAGACGCGGUUCAGCACCAGUGCGUUGAGCAUUUCAGGCCUGAAUCCACUUCCCAAUCCCAGUUACCUGCUCCCUCCCAGAAUCCUUAGUUCUGCAACCCCCAAAUCCUCAUCCACUGGGCUGUCACUUAAAAAGGAGGAGGAAGAGGAAGAAGAAGGGGCUUCUAAGGACGCCUCUAAGAAGACAUCCAAGAUAUCGGAAAGUUUUGAAGAAACAUUGGAGGAAACGGUAAUAUCUACGAAGAAAACCGAGAAGUCAAAUAUAGAAGAAAGCACCAUUUCGAGCCAAAAAAUGUAAUCCCAUUGCUUAAAAAAGAAGUUAAUGCCUAA